AUGUCUGUUUUGACACCAGCCGAAGUUGAUUGCCUGCUCACCGAACUGGACCCGUAUGUUGACACGGAAGAGGAGAGGGAAGCCCUCGGUUUGAAGGCAUUUACCAAAUACUUCGCUGAAAUCCCAGGGUUUGGUGAAAGAUUUUGCACGGAGGAUGAGAAAGAUCUCAAUGUUGUCCUCCACUCCGACGCCGUGAAAAAUCUCGCACGGCAAGCUAUUGAACAUAUUGUGGAGUUCAUUAAUGCCGCCUCUGAUACCGAGAAGCUGGACCGAUAUCUGAGAGACCACGAUUUUCCAUGGAACUUGGGUAUCAAUUCGUCUGGCCACAAUAUGGUCAGCUUUUCUCGACAAUAUGGUGCGGCGCUUCUUAUCGGACAAAAACUCGCUUAA